AAAUAUCGGGUUCUCUUGAAACAAAGUGCAGUGUUGGCACGUAUUUAUUACACGCCAUACUCCCCGGUGUGGUUCUGUUUACUCAUAAAAAUCUUAUAUCCAAAUAUAAGUAUGAGUUCGUUAAUCAUUGUAUUAUUCGUUUUCGCAUUGGCGGUUUAUAAAUUGCUUAGAAGGAAGACCGUGCGGUGGGUGAAAACGAAUAAAUAUGGCGGAGUCGAGACGGCCAUUCUAAGGACCGCACCGGGGCCCGUUUGCUGGCCCAUUAUCGGGAGUCUACACCUUCUGGGCGGCCACGAGUCGCCCUUCCAGGCCUUCACUGAGCUAUCGAAGAAAUACGGCGACAUUUUCAGCGUCAAAUUGGGCAGCGCCGAUUGCGUGGUCGUAAACAAUUUAUCUCUGAUCAGGGAAGUUUUAAAUCAAAACGGCAAUGUGGUGGCGGGACGACCGGACUUCCUGCGCUUCCAUAAGCUCUUCGCCGGCGACCGGAAUAACUCUCUGGCCCUGUGCGACUGGUCCAAUCUUCAGCUGCGCAGGAGGAACCUGGCGAGGCGGCACUGCGGUCCCAAACAGCACACCGACUCCCACGCCAGAAUCGGCACCGUCGGCACCUUUGAAUCUGUCGAGCUAAUUCAAACCCUCAAAGGAUUGACCAGCAGAUCGGACGCCAGCAUCGAUCUGAAGCCGAUACUGAUGAAGUCCGCCAUGAACAUGUUCUCAAACUACAUGUGUAGCGUCCGUUUUGAUGACGAGGACCUCGAAUUCCAGAAGAUUGUCGAUCACUUCGACGAGAUAUUCUGGGAGAUCAACCAGGGCUACGCUGUCGAUUUUCUGCCGUGGCUGGCGCCGUUCUACAAAAAGCACAUGGAAAAGCUCUCCAACUGGUCCCAGGACAUCCGAUCCUUCAUCUUAUCGAGGAUCGUGGAGCAACGCGAAAUAAACUUAGACACGGAAGCUCCGGAGAAGGACUUUCUGGACGGCCUCCUCAGGGUACUACACGAAGACCCGACCAUGGACAGGAACACUAUUAUCUUUAUGCUCGAAGACUUCCUGGGGGGGCAUUCGUCUGUUGGUAACUUAGUCAUGCUGUGUCUGACCGCAGUCGCCAGAGACCCGGAGGUCGGCAGAAAGAUUCGUCAGGAAAUCGACGCGGUGACCAGAGGCAAAAGACCCGUAGGUCUCACCGACCGCAGCCAUUUGCCGUACACCGAGGCCACCAUCUUGGAAUGUCUGCGGUACGCGUCCUCGCCCAUCGUGCCCCACGUGGCCACCGAGAACGCCAACAUAUCCGGGUACGGAAUCGAAAAGGGUACUGUCGUUUUUAUCAACAACUACGUUCUGAACAAUUCCGAACAGUACUGGUCCGAGCCGGAGAAAUUCGAUCCGAGCCGUUUCCUGGAGAAGACCAGGGUCAGGACGAGACGCAACUCCCAGUGUGACUCCGGCCUGGAGUCCGACUCGGAGAGAGCGCCCGUCGGCAAGCCUGACGUCGAGAGGGAGAUGCUUUCCGUGAAAAAGAACAUACCCCACUUCAUACCCUUCAGCAUUGGUAAGAGAACGUGUAUCGGUCAAACUAUGGUCACGUCGAUGUCUUUCACGAUGUUCGCGAACAUCAUGCAGUCCUUUGAGGUCGGCGUCGAGAACAUCAACGACCUCAAACAGAAGCCGGCGUGCGUGGCCCUACCCAAAAACACAUACAAAAUGCAUUUGAUACCUAGGAAGUAGCAUUGGCAAUAAUGGCGUUCUUCUUAAAUACUUUUAAGUGUCUUUGUUACUAGAUGUUUCACAGAGCAACGUUUACAAAAAACUUAGCAAUGGCAGUGUCAAAAAGACUGGCAAUAGAUUGGCUAUCAACAAAACUUAUGCUUCGAAUGUUUUCAAUCGAUUUUUUGCAUUUAUUGGUGAACAUAGCACACCUGGUGUUAAGUGGUAACUGGAAACCAUAGAGGUUAUCAUUGUGGCCUUCCUGUGAUUGCGUCGCCUCCUGCGAAACCUCACGACUCAAGACCGCAUUCAACUGAAUAAUAUUCUACGCGCGUUUAAGUAACGGUAAGCAGAGGCUUGACUCUGCCCCUGGCAUUGCUGAUGUCCAUGAGCGACGGUCACCACUCACCAUCAGGCGGACCGUAUGCUAGUCUGCCUAUACGGCAAUAAAAAAGUAAGUCACAAUAAAAUUGUCGGCCAUCUUGAAUAAAUUCACCAAAAUAAGCUGAGUCUCUUUUUCAACACAAGAAAUGAAUUGAACAAACAUUUCGAAGACAUUCAAAGACUACAUAGCUCUCUUAGCAACGCGCAGUGAUGUCUAUGGACUGCUGCAUCGACGGUAAACGAAACUUGAAUACUAAUAAAUUGUUAUUGUUCACCUAAAUUACUUCGUUUGAAAGGUUUGUUAUCGUUCAUAAAAACCGUGAUUUAACUUUUAAAAUAGGCUUUUCUAAAUUUAAUCUGAUCAUAGAAAUUAUAUUUUAUUUCACAACUUCACAUGUAACUGUAAUGAAUUCAGAAAACUUAUUUAGAAAUUUGCGAUUUUUUUUUAAAACUAAGAAAAAAGCGCGCGUUAAUUGCAAACGCACACUAAAACAAAACAUUGAAUUAAUAAUUGUUUUACCGUGGUUGUUCUGGUCAGGAACUUGAAUGAAAGCAAUAAAAUUAUUAUAUCGUCAUCGAUCCUUGAUGCGUGUGUAAGUUUUUAACUUUUUCCUGUUAAUCUUGAAUUCUGUGAAAAUUACGAUGAAACAUUUCAAUAAAUACAAACUAAAACCAUGUGACCAAAUAAAAACGGUCAAACGAAAGAGACAACCUCGCUCAGAGUACUAAGUGUGAGAGGGACAGUAACAUGAUAAACAUCUAGUAACAAUGACACAGUUGAUUUAAUCAAGUCAAACGUUCAUGUCGUCUCUUUUUUUAGCUUUUGCUAAGCCUAAAGAGUGCGAGAGAGACGGAUAAACGUUAACUUUAAAAUUAGUAUUUGUGAAAGCAAAGAACAAAAUUAAUUAAUCUCGUAUGUAUUUUUUUGUGUUCUUUUUGUUGUUUUAAUAACAUUUUGAGUUCAGUGAUAAAAAUAUGAAUUUGCAAUUAUUUGUAAUAAAUCUAGAAUUGCUUCGAAUCAAUAUUAAAGUUUAUUUUAUAGUGCAUUUCGUGUAUUUUUGAAUAUUAUUACACAAAACGGACACAAGAAAACGGACAGAGAUUUUGCUCAAAUCUCUAUUUAUUUCUUUUAGAAUACAUACCGUAUUUGUAUAAAAAAAACCCAAUACACACUUGUAGUGCUAAUAUUGCCAAUAUAAGCCCUAUUUAGUGACAUUGGUACUAAAAUUUAACGCUAAACUUUAAGGGGGUUUAGUUUAUUUGGGUGGCUGGAGAUGUCGAUGGUGACGCUUACGAUCAAAACGAAAGUCUGCAUGCUUACUGAUUAAUUGAAAAGGUCAUUUUGUUUUACGUAAAACCUAAUAAUCGAGAGAAAAAUAUGACUGCACAUUUUGUUCAAACAUAAUAUGCAACAAUUGCUGUUUUUGUCUAUUGAAAUUCUGUAUAAUUUAUGUAACUAAAUACGCACAUUAUAACACCGGUUCCGGAAGCUUAGGUUGGUGAUUGACCAGAUUUCCGCUUCCUAUAAAAAAAACUAUAAUCAUACCUUUACAUUACAAUCUAGUAAAAUCUGAGCACCGCUAAGGUGUGAGAAGUCUCAUUAGAAUCUUAAUUCCCAAAAAUAAAUAAACAACCUAGUAGGUACUAAAAAGAUCAGUCUCCGCUUACGUAUUUAUUGGCCUAUUGACUAAAGGAACGCUCCUCAUAAAUCCUUGAUUAAAAAUUAUAUUUUAUCUGUCUCAAGUAUUAGAUCGCGAAAUUUUUGAGCUAUGCAAAAAUUAGUCAUUUUAAAUUUGACGUUUUUUUUAUUUAGUCUUCUAUUAGAUUACUCGGCUUGGCCUCUAAAGUUUUGAAGAAUUUUUGUAUUUUAGGUAAGUAAUAUUUUCUGGUAGGUAUUAUUACAAAAUAUUCGUAAUCGGUACACGUGGGUGGCGGAAGGACGUAAAGUUUAAAUCUUUUUAAUUAUUUUUCACUAUGGCAAUUGCCUUCACUCGAAUCCAUUGUUGGUAGUGUUGUGUUUAUUAAAAUAUUUUAAUAUUAAUAUGACUAUUUUAAAUGAAAAAUGAAUGAAUGAAUGAAUGAAAUGAAGCGAAUGAAUGUAAUUGAUUUAAUUGAAAUUGUAAUUCUUUAGGAUGUAUGUAAUGAAACGAGAUGAGAUAGCGUCCCAGUAAAAUUGUCGAAGUUCACUAAGACUUCAGUGGGACUUUUUGGAGGAACUCUAGCAGUCACGUCCGGCGACUUUUACUGGUGGUAGGAUCUCUUAUGAGUCCGCACGGGUAGGUACCACCACCCUGCCUAUUUCUGCCGUGAAGCAGUAAUGUGUCUCGGUUUGCAGGGCGGGGCAGCCGUUGUAACUAUACUGAGACCUUAGAACUCAUAUCUAAAGGUGGGUGGCGGUGUUUAAGCUGUAUAUGUCUAAGGGCUCCGGUAGCCACUUAACAUCAGGUGGGCAUCACUUAUCAUCUCAUCAAAUGAAAUGAGAUGAUAUGGGAUGAAGUAUAAUUGACUUUUACAGUGGACUUUUUGGAAGAUCCCGAGAUGUUACGUUCAGUAGCUUUGUUUCAUUUUCCCACAUUUAUGCACUUUCACAGAUACUAAACAGUUAAUAAGCCACCGUUAUUACACAUUUAAACCUGAAGAAACACAAAUAAGACAAAAUAAAACAAAUCACACAGCUUCACUCCUCGCGUUCCCGCCAAAAAGUCCACAUAACUUCGUUCUGUGCUUUCCCGUCAUAGAUAAUACACACAUAAAUUAGGUUCCCGCCAAAAAGUCGCAGAACUCAAAGUUAUUGAUUGAUAAAUGAACUGAUUUAAGUGUGUGCGUGUGCCUAAAAAUCGCCUAUUCCCGGUUAAAUAUUUGAUAAAUUGUUUAUUUUUCAUAAAGUAUAUUCUAAAUUGGUCGGAGCUAACAAUCUUUUUAGAUAUUCAGAGUGUAUUAUUAUGUUUGUACUGAUUUUCAAUGCAUUUUUUUCGUAGUUACGUGUGUGUGUGUAUGAUGAUAUUGUUGAGUGCAAAUUUAAGACUGUGAAAAACUUUGUGUGCAAGUACCUAUUUUGUUCAAGAAAUACAUAAUUCGAGGGUUGACAGGUUAUUUGUUUUGAGCGACAUUUUUGCAACUUUACAAGAGAACCAUUUAAAGUUUAAAAUUUGGAAAAAAUAUCAUUACCAAAAAAAAACCUCACCUAUUUGAAGAGAGAGAGAGAGAGAGUGAGAAUACACUUUAUUGCAAACCAACACAAUUUACAUUAAAAAAAAAAAUAGCAUGUGUGCAAUUCACACGUGUUAGAAGUGAAACCUUCAAAAAAUUAAAGUACAAUUAUCCUAAAUGUCUAAGUAUAUUAUUAGUAAAAUUUUGUCAUUAGUAAAUAAUUGUAAAUCACUUUGUAUAGUAUGAGGUAGCGCCCUCUAUGAAUUGAUAUUUUAACUUCGCGUAUAUCCCAAAUUAAAAUUCACUACAAGAGGUUUCAUACACACGCUAGUAUUAAAACAUCUCACAGAUGGCGCUGUAUUAAAAAUAAAAUACUUUAUACGUAUGUUUUAAAGUAUGUAGGAACUGAGCAUUCUGUCUCACUUUUUCUCUCUUCUUUUUCACUUGCUUGCUCCCUACUCUCACUCCAUGGCUAGUUGCUUCAUGCUACGUUCGCCCUGUCUUACUCUAUCUCAAUCGGUCUCGAUCGCUCUCUCUCUCUUUUUCGACACUUCCGUUGCAUACCUGCGUGACGUUACAUCUGUAAAAAUUUUACCCUCACGCGCCUAAAGAAGUUUCACUUCAAAAAACAGUCAAAAAGCACAUACAUUUGCACAAUAGGCGGUCUUAUCGCUAAAAGCGAUCUCUUCCAGACAUCCGUUUAAUUUACAGAAAAAACUGUAAAAUAUAAAAAUACAGCAGGUAUGUUGCGGUGUACCAUAGACAAUACAUUAUUAUACAAAAUAUAUACAUAUAUAAUAAACAAAUACUUUUACUUAUUCUUAUAUUUCUAAUACUUUUUUCUUUAAUUACGAACCGUUGCUUAGUGAGUAGAUUAGCUUUGCAUAUUAAAUUUUAAUUUAGCUAAAGCAAUUGUGAGUGUCCAAUGUAGUCUGUAAUGAAAUUAUAGAUGUUAAUUAUAAUAAUUAGAGAAUGAAAUAAUGUGUAGGUUAGGAUAUUUACUGGUGGUAGGACGUCUUGUGAGUCCGCGCGGGUAGGUACCACCGCCCUGCCUAUUUCUGCCGUGAAGCAGUAACGCGUUUCGGUUCGAAGGGCGGGGCAGCCGUUGUAACUAUACCGAGAUCUUAGAAUUUAUAUCUCAAAGUGGGUGGCGCAUUUACGUUGUAGAUGUCUAUGGGCUCUAGUAACCACUUAACAACCAGCUGGGAUGUGAGCUCGUCCACCCAUCUAAGUAAUAAAAUAUAUUUUUUUCUUAGUAAUGUAAUGCAUGUGAGAUUUUUUCUGUUGUUCUCAUAGUAGCUGAAUUUGUAUCUAUAGCUCAGUGAUUUUCUUUUUCAAUUCACGUCGCGAUAGAAUUAAGACAUUUAAACUUGUAUUUAUAAGUAAGGGGUUUUCUUUUUGCGCUAAUUUGUGACUACCUCGGAAUGAGUCCAAAAAAAUUAUAGGGUAUAUUUAUGUGAGGAGCCUAACGGACGCGCGCGAUAGGACAUUGACCCUUAAUAAUGGGUUUUCGAUACAUUGCGUGCGGAAUUAAUGAAAACAUUCUUGUUCCUAGUAUUUUUAUAUAUUUAAUGAUAUUUUCUUGAAAUACAUUUUAAUAAUUUCAUUUAAGCAUAAGUUUAAGUGUAGCUAAAAAUAAUCGCUAGAAAAAAAAAGAGAAAAAACGUUUGUUUGUGUGAUUGUUUGUAUGAGAGAAGAAUUAUUAUAAUUCUGAACUAAUUUGUAUGUGAGAAUCUCCUAGAUAUUGAUAUUAGAUUUGAUUGAAAAGUUCCAACGCCACCUACCGUACGAUGAUUGUACUAAAAACAUUAUAGUGAGCACACUGCCCUUCUGAUGGUGAGUGGUUACUGUUGUUCGUGGACGGCUUGAUGUCUGAAUUUAAUCUGACCAUCUCAUUAUAUCGAUUUAUUUUAAUAACUCCAUAAUUGUUGCACCAACACAAUGUUUUUCUAUAAGAGGACAUUUAAGUAAUGGAAUUUCGUGAUUUUUGGUCUGAAUAAAACUAAUUUUUACGGUUUAAUCAUAAAUAUGUUUAAUAAUGUAUCAGGCGCGGACGAUUGAGGUGUAUUUAGGCGAUAUUGGAAUAUAUUUUUCGAACUACCGUCUGGUUUACAGGGUGUCCCA